GCUGCGCCAUCCCCCGGCCUGUAACAACUGUGAUCAUCGUGCGUGGAGGGAGAUCUUCCGCGGCUGCGGCUUCCACUGCUCGUACUUCCAACGCCUGCAGAACGUUUCCAUGACACAGGGCUUAGAGCUGGAGUCCUGGCGAGCGCGAUGGGAGAUCCUGAAGAUGAUGCACAACAUGAGGCUCUGGAAUGGGACAGAUCGCGUGCUGACAGUGUCGCUGCAACAUUUCAGAGCAAACUUCGAUGGAACGGUGCAGUGCAUCGUUCGCUUCUUGUCGCAGGGAGGCCCCCGCCGACUUCAUGGCCGUCAGGCGGAGGCUCUGAUCUCCGAGCUCCGAGCCCUUGGCCGCGAGUCGCGGUCCCACGGGGCGCGGGGCGCAGAGACGGCCGCGGUCAAGGAGGUGCUGCGGCGUGACGUCAUGGAUCGGCAGCCAUACCUUCAGAAGGCAGACCGGCUCUUCGAUCGGCUGAUGGCUUCCGGUGGCUCCCUGGGCCUCAUAGCCACAGCGACAAACCUACUUCCGGCGGGGCGUUCAGCCUUUGGUUUGCCAGCCGCGGGCGCCCUCGAGUUUGUGAGCUCGGGCCUGGGCUUGGGAGCGAUGUUCCAGCUUCCCCUACCUUUCAUCACAGAACCAAACCACCAAAAAAGCAACUGCAGCCUGCGGGAGAUAUGGCUGAUACAGCUGCUCCUCGGCCGGCGCACGGACGAGGACAACUGGCCACCGUCCCCCUCCUGGGACUUUGCGCCAGGGCCUCCAGCAGUGCUCAUACCACUCUGGAGCAUUCAGAAGCAGAGCAACCCGACCUCACAGGAAGAUGUGAAUGCAGGUUCAGGAAAGGAUGCCACCGUCCUUCUUCCAGCGGAGGACGGGUCCCUGCAGAUGUGUGCUUUCGCGCCGCAAUUUCGCGAGGAACUACCUUUUGUUGCUUUGUUUGGCUGCCUGCCUGCAUUGAUGAAGCCUCUUCAGGAUGACAUUCUCCAGGUAUUCCUGAACUGGGUUGGCCUCGGCGGGCACACGCUGACCAGGCCUGGGCCAAAGGGUGUCUCAUUCCAGGAUGGCUCUGAGGGCAGUCUAGUGUAUACACGGCAGAGAUUAGCGAUCAGACGUUGGCUGGGUGUGGCAAGUGGGAUGGACGCAGGCUACCUGCAGAAGGCAGCGGCAAACUGCUCGGGGGUGGGCCUGGACAUCCGAUCAGGGCCGGCGCUCGGCCUUGCGAGGGCGAAUGGUCGAAGCAAUGGCACUGUUGCGGCAAAGGCGCCCGCAACCGAGUCUCCGCCUGCAACUGCAAAAAGCAGCUUCGGCGCUGACCUCCUGGGAAAGGGCUUCGAGAGGUCGACCGUGACCAAGGGUUCCCACCCGCCUUGGCUGGUCCCUAAUGCUGGCCAUGAUGCAAAGCUGCAGGUCAUGAACAGCCUCACGGGCGAGAAGGAGCCCUUCAGACCCCUCCAGGAGAAGAAGGUCAUUUGGUACACCUGCGGUCCCACAGUUUAUGAUGUCGCGCACAUGGGCCAUGCCCGAGCGUACCUGACCUUUGACAUCCUUCGAAGAAUAAUGAUGAACUAUUUGGGCUUCGAGGUGAAAUACCAGAUUAACAUCACUGACAUUGAUGACAAAAUCAUCUUGCGAGCUCGGCAGAACAAGCUCUUCGAUGACUUCUCCAAGGAAGCAUCGAAGAUGGGGCUAGAGGAGCUCAAGAAGGUAGUCACAACGGCAGUGGAGCUCAAGGGGAAGAAGCUGGCUGCGAAGGAGCCUCAGAAGCCUGCAGCGGAUGCUUCGGCCAAGGACCAGCAGGAGUACACCACAUCACUGGAAGAGCAUCAGCUCAAACUGCGUCAGCACUCUGAGUUGGAGGCGAAGAUCAAGGCGGCCUUCGACAGCAAGAAGAGCGAAUCGAUCCUGGCGGCAGCUCGGGAAGUCCUCAUGGAGAAGCUGGACAAGGAAAGAGGUCACACAGUGACUGAUCACUCCAUCUUCGACGCUCACGGCCGCCGCUUCGAGGAGGAGUAUUUUGAAGACAUGGACGCUUUGGGAGUUCUGCGGCCGGAUGUGGUGACUCGCAUUACUGAGUACAUGGACGGCCGCGUGCAGAAGUUCAUUGAGAAGCUGGAAGAGAUGGGCGUUGCCUAUGGCUCUGCUGGAAGUGUCUACUUUGACAUUGCCUCCUUCCAAAGCAAGGGCCACGACCUUAUGGACACGGAUUCUUUUCAGUCUGCAUUGUUUUGCGCCUCCUAUUGA